AUGUUACUUAUUCAACAAUCACCAACAUUUCGUGCUUGGACAAGUCAAGCAUUGAUGUUAUAUUUUCGUCGUGCACUACUUUUUCUUAUUGUUAGUCAACGUCAAAAUAUGAAUAAUAAUAAUAAUGAUCAUUGUUUAUUACAACAAAUAGUUUACUUUAAUGAUACUAAAGAUGAUGAAAAUAAAUUAAUGAUUGAUGAACAGAAACAAAUUAAAAUAUCAUUAAAUAAUCAAAAUCAAAAUCAAUUUAAUCGAUUACAAAUGAGUCAAUCAAAACGUAAUUUAUUAAAAGAAUAUAUUUUAAAAAGAUUAUCUCAAGGUUUAAAUAAUUCAAUGAUAAAAUCCAUAGAAAAACAAAAAUAUGCUUCUCCAUUAGUAAAAUCAAUUAAUAAAUCUUCUACAAAUCAGUCAUCACAAAUAUUCAAUUCAGUAGAAUUAUCUAAAUUAAAUUCAUCUGAAUUGUCUAAUUCAGUUUCAAUUAAAUCUAUAAAUAAUAUAAACACUAAUGCAAGUAGAAUACACAAUGAUUUUAUCAAUCAAUAUCAAACAAAUCCUUUAUUUUCAUCAUGUCAACCGAUUUCUUUUGAUAAUUAUGAUCAAGUUAAUAUUUUCCCACCAUAUAACCCUCAUUUUAAUUGUAGAAACUCAAUAGCAUUCUAUCCGUCUUGUUCACCUUGUCAAUCAUCAUUUUCUCUAUGUAAUUCAUCUAAUAAUGAAACUUUAUCUUCUACAUCAUCAAAUCAAUCAUUAAUAUCAAAAUCUUCUACUGAAAAUUUCUCAAUUUUAAAUCAACAAAAUUGUUCUCAAGUAUUUGAUAAUAAAAAUGAUAUUUAUGAAAAAUAUCAAACUUCAUUUUCACAUAUUCUUCAUCAAACAAAAAGUCUUCAUACAAUUCGAAAAGAAGAUAAACUACAAUCUAUGUUAAUACUUGAACCAAAUACAUCAAUUAUUACUGUUCGUCAAUUAACAUAUCAUCAAUUCAAUCCAAAUAAUAACAAUCAUACAAUCACAACAAGUUAUGUAUGUGUUCGAUUAAUUGCUCAUCGAACAAAUUUAACAAUUCAAUGUAAUACUAAACCAAUGAAAUGUAAGCAAACUUUUAGUUGUUUACCUAUGAAAUAUUUACAAAAACCAUUGAUGAAUCAUAUGAUCAAAUCAACAUUGAUUAAUAAUGAACAACAAGAAAAAUCUCAUUUAAAUAAUUCACCAAUGAAUUUCAGAGAUCAAUUUAAUAAACAACAAUCAUCAAAAUUUUUCAAUAAAAACUUUGAAGCAAUGUCAAUUUUGUAA